AUGCCCGGUCUUCUCCGGAAACUUAUCAUCAUCGCCGCGGUCGACGGACUGAUUCUGCACGGUCACGGCGUCAACGGACCCCGCCACAAUAACAAUGGGAGCAAUAAUGAGGCCUCGUCCAUUCGCAUCGAUUACAAAACGAAUAAAAUAUCCGCUUUACCAACUACCACCACCGAGGUACUGGAUAGUCGCGAUGACUUGAACCUAGAAGCAUACGGAAUUGUCGGCCUGUUAUCCGUCGCAUCCCGCUCAUUCCUAGUAUCAAUAACGCAACGAACACAAGUCGCCCAAAUCCAAGGCCGACCAAUCUACGCAAUAACAAACGUCGCGCUAAUCCCUCUAUCCUGCCAAUCAGACGCAAACCGCGCAAUCACACAAGCCCAAAAAGAUGUUUCGCGCAAUAAUCCCGAUCCAGAUGCUACUCUAGACUCCGACUCUGAUUCCGAGGACGAGCACGAAGACAAAAUCCCCGGAGCUAGCACUAGCACCGAGAAUGCGGAGACAGAGACAGAAAUCCCCAGCGCGCCGACUUCACCCUCUCGUGCUGCGGCGGUCCAUACGCGCGGUGCGAGCGUUAGUAGUAUUGCGGAAGAUGUUAUUGGGAAACGGGUACCGUUUGGUCGGUUUGCGGCGAAUUGGCUUUCAAGGAAGAAUUUGGGAUUAGCGAGGCCGGGACCUAUUGCGCAGGAUGUGGUUGAGAGUAUGAGCCCGUUUGAUGAUUCGUUGGGACUUACGAGCGCGAGUGUGAGUUCAGAUGUUGGUGUUGAUCUGUCUGGACUGAGUACGGAAGGGGGUGCGGAGGGGACUGCUGCGUCUGGAGAUGAGAAGGAGAAGGAGAAGAAGAAAGAGGGCGUUAAGGAUGGCUCAAGAUCUGAUCAGGCAGCUGAAUUGUUGCCGAAGCUGAUUAAUUAUACGAAGUUAUUGUUUUCGUCGCAUAAUUUCUUUUUUGCGUAUGAUUAUGAUCUUACGAGGGCUUUUGAUGCGCAGGGUGUGAGGACGGAGCAUCUUCCUCUUCAUAAGGCUGUGGAUCCUGUGUACUUCUGGAACAAGCAUCUUAUGUUCAAUUUUAUUGAAAACGGUGCACAUGGAUUCGUUUUACCUCUUCUGCAAGGUUUUGUUGGCCAGCGAGAAUUCACCGUGGCAAGCCCUGAGAAAAAACCAAAUGAUGCCUCUGCCGAAGAGCUGACUGAGCCAAAGAUCCUCGGGAAUAGUCACGAUGCCGCAUCUGUGGAGGCCGAGGUUCCUAAGCGCAAUUUCCUCUUAACACUCAUUUCUCGUCGCUCAGUCAACCGUCCUGGUCUUCGCUAUCUGCGCCGUGGUGUAGAUGAUCAAGGCAAUACAGCCAACACAGUUGAGACGGAGCAGAUUCUCUCAGGCCCUAGAUGGGAUCCGUCAGAUAAUGUUUAUUCGUACCUACAGGUGCGAGGGUCGAUCCCGCUCUAUUUCUCCCAAUCGCCAUACGCUUUCAAGCCUGUUCCUGUACUUCAUCACUCUACUGAAAUUAAUCAACUUGCUUUUGAAAGACAUUUCAGGGAGAUGAGUCGCAGGUAUGGCAAGAUACAGGCUGUGUCUUUGAUUGAUAAGCAUGCUGGUGAGCUGAAGCUCGGUGAACAGUAUGAGAUGUAUACGGAUGUUUUUAAUAAGGCCGGCGGGAUUGAAGGAUCACCUUUGGGAUUGGAAUGGUUCGAUUUCCAUAACGAGUGUCGUGGAAUGAAGUUUGAAAAUGUCUCUCGUCUUGUUGACCGUGUGAAAGAGACGCUAGAAGAAUUCGGAUACACCAGCCUUAAAGGGGGGACAUCUUCGCUCAAGCAGACUGGUAUCAUGCGCACGAAUUGCAUGGACUGUCUUGAUCGAACUGGAGUUGCCCAGUGCGCAUUUGGACAGUGGGCGCUAGAACGCCAACUUCAGAAUGAAGGUCUCGCGAUUGAUCUGGGUGGUGACUCGUCAACCCAAUGGUUCAAUACCCUCUGGGCUGAUAACGGCGACGCGAUAUCCAAGCAGUAUUCAUCCACUGCAGCAUUGAAAGGUGACUAUACCCGUACCCGGAAGCGAGACUACCGAGGUGCCCUCAACGACUUCGGUCUCACUCUCUCGCGAUACUACAACAAUAUUGUGAACGAUUACUUCUCCCAAGCCUGUAUCGACUAUUUACUCGGUAACGUCUCGAAACAUGUCUUCGACGAAUUCUCCGUGGAACUUCAAACCACCGACCCGGGCAUCUCAGUUGGAAAAAUCCGACAGAAUGCAAUCGACACCAGCUGCAAAAUCGUGAUCAGUAGUCCCUCUGAAGAAUUCCUCGGUGGCUGGACGAUGUCAACGCCCCGCCAACCGAAUACACUACGGACUCUCCCAUUCGAAGAGUCUGUCCUUCUUUUAACAGAUGCCGCCGUGUAUAGCUGUCGCUUCGACUGGGAAACGGACAAAGUUCUCUCCUUCGAGCGCAUUGAUCUACGCUCCAUCUCCCGUAUUCACUACGGUACAUACGUUACCUCUAUUCUGACAGAAAGCCAAUCAGACGAACGCACCAAUGUUGGUUUGGUAAUUGUAUAUCGUGAUGGAGAUGAUAAUCUGUUGCGCGUGAACACCCGCUCUCUACAGACUAACGUUCGACCUGCUGCUCUUGAAGCUACGGCUAGCUCAACUGGGGAAUGGGAUCUGAUCUCCUGGUUACGUGGUAGUAAGCGGGCCACUACCCGCUUUGUCGCAUUCAAGUCCCUUCCUUUAGCGAAUAAGGUGACUAGUCCUCGUCUUGGACCUACUACGGGUACUGUGCGCGAGCUUGAUCGUGUCCGGACGAUCAGUCAUGAUAUUGAGCGGGCGAUGAUGGCGGGUAUUAGUGAUGGAGGGACGUCACAGAAUGCCGAGUCGGAGUCGGGGUCUGUGGUUGAAGAGUGUGAUAUUAUUCCUUUGGCUGAUGCGAAGAAACGAACUGGAAUUUUAGAAUACUUAGUUUAUGAUAUUAAGAAGAUGGUGUGGGCCUAG